AUGUUCGGCGAGGAGUUAGUAACGCCACAAAGAUCAUUAUCACCCUGGGCUGCGCGCCCCGACGCGGCGCGCGACGCGCUUCAAACGUCUGCCCACGAGAACAACACCAAGGUGAUCCUGUCGCCCCUCGAUCCCGAGGAGGACGAGAGUGGAAACGUCGAGUACAAGCUGCAGAUCCUUCCCCCGUCCGUCGAGCGCUUUGACCGGCUCGUCACGCAGCUCAGCUGGCGGUUGAUGGAGGGCGGCGGCACGUGUGUCUACGAGCUCGGGAUACGCGACGACGGCGCGUUGGUCGGCAUUACACAAGACGAUAUGCGCCAGACACUAUCGUACCUAUGUGCAAUGGCCGACAAUGUCGGUGCGACCAUCUCGUUGCAGCGCCUCGUCACCAAGCGCUCGACCGAGACCGGCGACGGCGAGGGGUACGACACGCUGCAUGUCGUGACGGACCGUGCCGAGGCCGACGACCUUCUCUCUUUAUCGCAUGGACUGCCUGAGGCCGAGGUGAUUGGCGUGACGCCCUCGGCAAACGACCUGACGAUCGACCUCGCGACGCCGCCGAGCACGGCGGCGGUCGACGUGACCCUUCCUUACACGCAAGGCGACAAGAGCGACACUCCCACUGUACAAAAGCCUACCGAUGCUGUGGAUAUCCCCCUGCCUACCAAGGGCAAGGUCCCCUCUACGACACGUCGACAGCUGCUCGACUCGCGCCGCGAUCGCCGUCUGGCACGGUUCGAGGCGACGAUCCGCGCCGGCGCGGGGCACGGCGACACAGUGCCCCACACGGAUGCAGUACGGCGAACCUCGAAUCUACACGCGCCCGAGCACGCGAACGACACGCUCCGCUUCCUGGCCGAGGCCGUGAUUACGCAAGACCAUGGCCUCUUUCACAAGAUCCUGCCAGAGGCGCCGACGCCGACCGAGUCGGCUGUGCCGGCCGACACCGACGGCGACGUCCAUCCCGACCUACACUGGGACGACGACGCAGACGUGGAUGACGCCAACCUUGCGCGCCUCGAGCACAUUCCGGAGGGAAGCAUGCGCCGCGAUGCGCUGCGCCUCACCCGCAAGGCUCGCGCGCGGCUGCCGCGUGUCACGGCGUACAGCACCGCGACGUCGUACAAGAUGAGCGAGCUGAUCCAGUGGCUCCAGGCGCGCAAGCAGUCGCACAGCACGAAUGUGCUGCGCUUUGACGAGUGUGUGUACACCACCUACACCUACCAGCACGUCGACGAGGCGCGCGGUGUGCCGAGCACAUCGCCCUGGCAGCUGCGUCGGAAUCCCUCGUACGGCCACAGCGAGGCGCCGACGGGCGACUUGCUGGGCAUUCCCGAGCUCAACGAGGACGGCGCAGAGAACGGCCUGCAGACGAUCAGCGAAGAGGGCGAGGAAGGCGCUCGGCCCCCUGCCGGCGACCGCACCGCGACACGCACACCAUCGUCGGCCUUGCACUUUCUGCCGGAAGUCUUUAUUAUGGAAUACGGUACGAUCGUUAUUUGGGGCAUGUCAUACAUUGAGGAGAAGCGCCUCCUGCGCGAGAUCCGCAAGUUUGAGGUGGAGCGUCUUGCGGUCGAGGACGUCGAGAGCGAGGACCUGAAUUGGUACCUCGCCGACUACAGCCGCAGCAUCUACAACGACGUCAUCACGUUGCGCCGUGGCUCGAGCUAUAUGACCAAGCUGUCGCUGUCGCACGCGCUCGCCCAGUCGACCAAGAUCAGCUUCUUCGAGAGCGUGAUCGAGGCGACGAUCGACACGACCAAGGACAUUCCCCGGAGUAUUGCGGAGAGUGGCAAGGUCGGCAUGCCGCCGGUGGACAUCAUGAAGCACAUCGGUCACCUGUUCAUCCUGCGCAUGAACAUUCAUUUGGUCGGCUCGAUCGUCGACUCGCCCGAGAUCUUCUGGGCGCAGCCCGACUUGGAGCCGCUGUACUCGGCUGCACGCAGCUAUCUCGAGAUCCCGCAGCGCAUCGAUCUGCUCAACAUCCGCGUCGAGGUGCUCCAGGACAUGCUCCAGCUCCUCAAAGACCAGGUCACGUCCAGCCAUUCGGAAUGGCUCGAAAUCAUUGUUAUUAUCCUCAUUGUUCUAGAGAUCAUUUUGGGCGUCACGACGAUGCUGGUCGACUUGUACUUUGCGUAG